GCAAAAGUCAAUGAUCGAUCGCGCUGGCCGUAGCCGUUGGGUCUGCAGGCCCUUUCUGGAUCGUGUUUGAAAAACCGAAUCCUCAGACUUGAGCACUUGGGAUUUGUGCCGUCGUCUUCCACCACUGUGCUCCGCAAUGAUUGAUUUCCUUUCUCGCCUCCAUGACCCAUAUGCGACACAACGCGCUCUAGGCCGCGAAGUUUUCGAUGCCUCCAGUUCCCUUCCAGCGAAGACCUUUGUCCUAUGAAGACCCGCUGCUCUCAGAUGACGAUGUCGGCCUCCUCUAUCAAGUCAUCACUCGCGCUGAGCGUGAUCCCGAAGUUGAGCGCCUUCCAUACAGAGUCCUCUUUAAUGCCUAUGAUCAGGUCAUUGCAGAACAUGGCGUGGACGCGGAUCCGGGAUAUGCCUGCAUGCGCUUCUUGCUCAAGAUGGGGAGCAAGGAUAUCGCAGGGAAGUCGCUCUUUGAGAGAUUCGAAAAUCUGCUAGAACGGAUGGGAAUAGUGAUUGAAUUCGGUGAAGAUGAUGGUCAGGACGAACUCUAUGUUGACAACGUGCCUCCGGGCGAGAGCCGAGUGAGGAAAAGGAUAUACGAUGCUACAGGGGGAUCUACAGAACCGAUGUAUUCUGAAAUGCAGACCCCUCUGCGGAGACGCGCCUCGUUCAAUUCAAUGUACGACAUCAACGACGACCCUACACAAAGGAGCUUCAUUAACCGGCCGAGUUCACGCUCUUCCAUGUCGCGACUACAAACUGGAAAAUCUGAGUAUAUUCUCCCAGAUUCCAGCCCGUAUACGAAGCGCGCGACAACAUCGAGAGGCGCAGAUUCUCCAGAUAGAACUCAAUUGAUAGCACAGUUCCUCGAUGUUGGUCGUCGACUAAUGAGCAGGUUUGACCUCCUGGCUGCAUCAGAAUCAGAACCAGCACCGGAAGAAAAACCAAUGCCAAAUGGAUUGUAUGCUCGUGUUGCUGUCGAUCGAGAUCGGUCUGAAAGAAUUGCCGAGGCGUCACGUCCGCGUCCGUCAAACUCCUCAAGCAGCUCCGAUGAUGGGGACGAGCAGUCCUCUCAGGCUAGCGGUGCCCUUGAACGACACAAAGUUCCUCCCGAGUUACUCUAUCGACCAUCGCUUUCAGACUUGCUGCGCGACGCUUCAACUUUCAACAUGUACCGUCAACGAGCGAUUCACCGCCGGAUAUUGACUCAGUGGUUGAAAAAGGCUGUCGAAAAGAGACAGAUCCAUCAACACAUGGACGCUGUUGCUUCCAAUCGAGACAGAGGUACAUUACUGCGCCAAGCCUUCGAGACGUGGCAUGGAAAGAUACUAGACAAGCGUCGAUCGGAGCGAACGGAAAGGUUCUUCAAGCACCUUGAGGAGCGCGCUGGACGGGCUCGAGAUCUGUACUUGCUGACAAAGGCGUUCUCUCACUGGGCGCAGUUCACAUCGGAGGAAGUCGCAAGAACAUCUGCUGCUCGCCGGCAUAUUCUUAGUGUCAAGUACUUCAAUGCAUGGCGAGAAAUCACUGCCGUCAAUGAAUUGAAAGCUCAGCGCUUUGCCCUGCGGCGACCCUUUGAUGCUUGGAGAAGAAAGACAAGACAGUUCAAGGAGGCGGAGGUCUACGCGGCGGCAAUGCGUGACGAGAAGCUGACGAAUGCGGCAUAUUGGCAAUGGUUCUGGCAUUUUUGCGAGCAGCGUGCUCCUCAAUGGUAUGACCACUGCCUUAAAAGACGGUCUUUGUUGUAUUGGUUGCGCAAGUUUCGAACAAAUCGGGAGCGAACUCAUGAGAUUGAAGUAAGGAGUCGGCACAAUCUCCUGACAUCUGUAUGGCAAGCCUGGCGUCACAGAAGCGAAGACAUAAUCGUUAUCGAAAAUGAAGCCGCAUUGAUCCAAAGGCGUCAGCUCUUAGGCGAGACCUUCAGAGAAUGGAAAGCCCAGACUCAUCUGGCUCCAGUUGCUGCUCGUGUCUCGCACAUGGUGAACAAUAGGAUCCUCAGAUCAGCGUAUCAGCAAUGGAUCAAGAGAGUGCAGAUGCUACAGCAGGCGAGAGAGAUGGAUCAACGCCGCAUUGUACGCAAUUCCUGGACAGCGUGGAACGAUCUGCUUCGUUGCCAGGCUCUCUACGCUCGAAUUGAGGAACGAUUGAAGCUAGAAGCUAUGUAUAAAUGGAUUCUAGCCGAACGAUACCGACUGAUGCAGCGGAUCAGGGAACAACGAAUCAAGCAUGAAAUAUUUUCCCGGUUUGUGACAAAUGUUCGCGGAACGUAUUCGGUACUGCUCGAUCGUGCAGAAGCCUAUGAACGACGUCAAACUAAAGAUCUGCUUCGCUCCAAGCUCUUGUGUUGGCGAAACCAACUUGCUCUCCAACGCGAACGAGACGCCGUUGCGUUUGAGUUCUAUGCACCACGUCUUGCCCAGGAAUCACUUGUAGCUUGGCGUUCAAAACUUCGGCAUGUUGCGCAAAUCGAGAAUUGGGCACAGAAGGCCAGGUUCUACUUCCUAGCCACUAAGUAUACCAAACAGUGGCGAUUGGCGGCGACAGAAUCAACAAAACGGCGUCGCCAGCAAGCUUACGUGAAAACACGAAGGAAGCACAAGAUCAGACUUGCGACGGAAGUUCUUUUCCAUUGGCUAUCGAAAUCUCGUACUAUAACCGAGCUAGAGCACCAAGCUAUACAGUUCUCGCGACAAAGAGUGUUGUAUAUCGCCUCCGAGCUUCUGGGCCGAUGGCAAGAUAAGACAAUAAGUCAGAUCCAGGAGUGUGGGUAUGCUGAUAAUCAUUACGCUCGUCUGAACGUACAAGAGCAAUUGACUCGCUGGGCUGGACAUCUGGCUAAGGUUCGUCGGCAAGAGGAACAAGCCAGCAGUAUACAUCAUGCCCAUGCUUUAGCACAAGCCAGCUCGCAGCUUCGCAAGCUGAGCUUCCGCGUCUUUCAAGUCAAGAGCAGCUCUGAGACGGCCGACGCAAUGAAGGAGCGCAACCUGCGAAAGCAUACACGGGGCAUGUUCCGUAAUUGGCUCGACCAAGCAAGAGCGAAACUCGAAGCACGAGAUAUUGCAGGACCCUUGCUAAGUCCGCAGAAGGACUUUGAUGCUCCUCUCGGACUCGACACAAAUCGGCGCCUAUUCGACCCGUACUAUCAGGUCGAGACACCUUUCAAGACUUAUGUAACCGAACUCCAAGCUACUUCAACAACACCGCUUGCGACUCCUAAUUUCCUCACUUCGCCCUCCCGACGGGCGGCUCCGAUUGUGGCCCAGGGUUCCACCACCCCGGCAACGCCUUUGUAUACGCCCUUUGCUAGUCGACUGCUACGUGCGGGCGCCUUACCUCGAACUCUGUCUAGUAGACGUCGUGCUGGACGAACAAGUGCGCUCAGCACCAGUGUACGUUUCGCAGAUGAAGCGGGCGAAGAGCCUGAAUCGCCGACAGAUGGAAGAAGGUCGUCUGGUCGACGAACAUGAAUCGCCCUCUCAUUGCCAGUCUUAAUCGAGGGUGACAAUAUGUGCUGAUUGUUUGAGAUUCCUGUAUAAGACCAUGAUACCCGUUUGCGUUGUUAUGAUAGCGUGUAGACUAUGGUUUUCCACUUUCUGUCUCAUAUAUACUUGGGGGCCUAUCUAUAGGUCAUGAAUGACGUGACAUAUGCAUAGACUCGAAUUCAAUGUAUAAC